AUGGGCCUCUCUCCUCCCGACCUUCAUGUGACUCGUUGGUGGUCCAAUCAGCCACCAGCAGAAGGCUACUGGGGUCCAUCAACUUCUUCCAUCGAUUGGUGUGAAGCCAACUAUGCCAUCACAAGAUUUAUUGCUGAAUUUACGAACACACUCUCAAAUUUGGUUUUUGUUUCUUGGGCCCUCUACGGAGUGAAGAAAUGCAGAGACGAGAAACUACCACUUCCAUUGGCGUUGUGUCAAGUAGGAAUCGCACUCGUAGGCUUCGGAAGCUUCCUGUUCCAUGCCACAUUACGGUACGAAUGGCAACUCGGAGACGAGCUGCCGAUGAUCUUCUGUUGCGCAUUCAUCACCUACGUCGCAUUCGAUACCGGGAGCGCAAGCCUUCCCCGGACCCCAUUCGUUCGCUGCCUGCCCUACCUCCUCUCCAUCUACUCCUUCGGCGUCAGCCUUAUCUACCUCCGCUACCCCAACCCGGUCUUCCAUCAAGUCGCAUACGCAACCAUCCAAACACUCGCCACUUUCCGCUCAGCUUACACCGUCCGCGCCGCGCCUGAAGGAACCUACAGGGAGCAGAAGAACAAGGCCGAUGCCAUCCGCUAUCUGUCCAUCGGAUCUGUCACCUUUAUCACCGGGUUCCUGAUCUGGAACAUCGACAACCUAUUCUGUGAUAAAAUCUCACACUUGAAAGAAUAUUUGGGCACACCCCUGUCGUUUGUCUUGGAAGGACAUGCUUGGUGGCAUCUAGCCACAGGCACUGGCUCAUAUCUGAUUGUUGUCGGAUUGCAAUUGAUGUCCUUGAGCUUGAAAGAAGGCGCAGACGGCUUCGAAAUCAAGCGCGGCGGGAUCUUCGGGCUCUGUCCUUACGUCGCCCGCAUUCCUAUCAAGAUUGACCCCAAACUCCAUUAA